AUGGCUGAGGACACAGAAGCCCUCAGAUUACAAUCCAACGACAAUCAGGGCUUAAGCUUGGUUUCCACUCCCUUAGAUGGAACCAAUUUUCUAUCUUGGAGUAGGUCAGUAAAACUAGGCUUAAGGGCGAAGAUGAAGAUGAGCUUCAUCAGUGAGGAUGGAAAGAAAUCUGAAGAAAACUCAAAAGAAAUGGAGCAAUGGGACAGAAUGGAUUCCAUGGUUACAUCAUGGAUCUUGAACUCAAUUUCAAAGGAUAUAGUGGAAAGUUUCAUGUACACCAACACCUCAAGAGAGCUAUGGAUUGAACUUGAAAACAGAUUUGGACAAAGUAAUGGUCCAACGGAGUACAGGUUGAAAAAGGAACUUGGAGCACUGACACAAGGGUCUUCAUCUGUUUCAGUCUAUUUUUCAAAAAUCAAAAAACUAUGGGACGAAUUGGCUUGCAUUACCUAUACACCAAAGUGCACUUGUGGGGCGGCAAAGGAAACUGCAGAAAUUAGAAGCCAUGAUCAAACCAUUCAAUUCCUCAUGGGAUUGAAUGAUAUCUAUGAUCAUGUGAGGAAUCAAAUCCUCAUGAUGGAGCCUUUACCAGCUGUUAGCAAGGCAUAUGCAAUGAUAGACAGGAUUGAAAAGCAAAAGGAAGAAAGCACUGCACAGCCAAACACUUCUCAAAACAUGACAAUGCAGGCUUAUAAGAAACCUGAGAUGCAGAAAAAUUUUCAAAAGAAAAAGAAUGUGCAAGAUAAAAGACAGCAAAUAUGUAAAGAAUGUGGUAAAUCAGGACACUUAAAGGAAGCAUGCUUCGAAAUACAUGGUUACCCAAAAUGGUACAAGACAUUGAUGAAGCAAAGAAAAGGGAACUCACAUGCAACAAACAAGGUAGCUACAGCUGUGGAUGUUGGAAAUAAUGUUGUGGAUGUGAAGGCCAUAACUGAGAUACUGAGGAGUGAGUUCCACAAGUUUCUUGGAGGAUUAAAACCCAAGACAUUAACCAUAAGGGAUGAGGACAGCUAUGAUUUCUCAAGUAUGACUGCAGAACUUAAUUCCUCCAAUAUUGAAAAUCUUGAUACAUGGAUUCUUGAUAGUGGCACUACAUCUCAUUUGUGUGGAAAUGAUCUUAUGUUUACCAAUGAAAGAACUGAUUUAAGAGAUGUUUUUGUACAUUUGGCUGAUGGAACUAGACAUAUGGUCAUAAAAUCAGCUGACAUAAGAUUAAACAAUAGAAUUACUUUUGAAAGAUACUUUAUAUGUGCCUGA